AUGGCGCGCCUUGGCUACGAUGCCAUGGUGACCGUGGAUAUGGACCAUCUGGAUUCCUUUGCGGACACGUCGGAGGAGACGAGGCACCUGCUACGCAGCCUCGAUGAGCAGGGGCAGCUGCUGCCUACCAUGGUGGAAACCACCAACCGUGCUCCCCAGGGCCGAAAGCUGGGCUACCACGCGCUUGGGCUCCUGGCCUUCGGCGCCCUCUCCCUGGCCGUCGUCGCCCGCUACGCCCCGAUGGCGGGCCCAGAGAAGCGAGGGGAUGAGCGGUCCUUCACGCAACGCUUUCUCGACCGAGGCUGUGCCGGGAGUUCCCCUGAGCCCGUGAAUUGCCGGCUGGGAGAGAAAGACAAGAAGUCACUGGUCUUCCUGUCCAGCACUGCCCUCGAGACGCCCGAGGCCAUGUCAACCUUCAAAGACAUGGUGGUGAAGCUGCCGACUGUGCGGUCGAACCCUCGGGAGAACAUGUACUCCGGUGUGAAAGUUCUGCUACUGGAGGAUGCCGCCUUCCUGAAGCAGAGCUUUUGGGACAAUCAGGUCGCCAGCUUCGGGAAUCCCAGGGCCAUGAAUUACAGGAAGAUUGCUGCCGGAUGCCUGAACUUCGAUGCGGAAGACGUGAAGUCUUGGACAGGAGGGUUCAGAAGUCUGGACGGCGGCUGGGCUUACGACAACGCAGGAGCCGACGGACUCGGCCAAGUGGGCUUUGAUCCAAGUGCAUUCACCAAGGUUUCCAUCUUCGGUAUGUGUGCCAGCAAAGAGCAGGCAAAGUCCCUGUUCCACCUGCAGACGCGGAACCUACACCCCAAUGUCUCCAUGGCCGUCAUUCCUGGCUCCCCAUGCCUCGGGGCUCUCAAGAAGCUCAUCGAAGAGUCUAGCAUCCUCUUCGCCAAUGGUGGGAACCCGGACAUGUAUGGUUUUGUGCUGAAGAAGUUUGCGCCCGAGCUGGGCGAGCUCAUCGCCAAGCGAGUUCGGGAGGGCAGCUUGUUGUACAUGGGUCGUUCGGCUGGCGCCAUGACGGCCAGCCGAGACUUUGGCUUGACAUACGAACCCAAUCCGGCACUCACCACGGUUCUUCUGGACCGAGACACGACGGGGCUUUCCCUCGCCGGGGAGUGUGCACUGCGGCCGCACAUCCACGACCACCUCUGGGAUAUUCCGGCAAAGGUCUAUGCAAGGGCGACGGGCGAAACUGUGGUGCUGGCGGCCAAUGGCGAGGGCUUGUUUUGCAAUCAGGGAUGUUGCGGCAUGACCGGGAAGACGGAGCUGACCGACCCGAAGUCCUUGCUUCACCACGACAAGCACGCGAGUCGGAUGGAGCAGGUCUUCAAAGCGGCAUACAGAAGCUACUCUCCCGAGAGCUUUCACUUCGGCGAGCAGCUUCCGAACCCUGAGUGCCAGGCAGCUGGUCCAGUACUGCUGGCAAGCUCAAGCUUGGACAACGACGCCGCCAAGGAGGAGUUGAAGAGCCUGCUUCGGCGCUUGCCUUCUACUGAGUCCCAUGCAGAUCUGUUUCCGGCACUUCAGGUGCUGUCUUUGGACGAUGGUGCUUAUUUGAGCACAGACUUCUGGGACGCCUCCAGGCAUGGCUUCGCAAGCCCGGCCGGUCUGAACUAUGUGCGGUCUGCGUCGAUGACGCCGCUCACGGCUGUGACGGCAGCGACAGAGGACUUCAAAGGCUUCCUCCCGGGUGAUGUCGUCAGCGCCGAUGCCGCGUUGCGACAGCUGGGCCUUAACGAAAUCACCCACGUCUCCGCGUUCGACCGGUGUGCAACCGGCGAGCAGAAGAAUUCCCUGUUCCAACUUCAGUCAGAAGGCAAGGCUCCGGAAGUAUCGAUGGAGUUGGAUACCUCCGAUCCAUGUCUCAAAGUCCUUGAAGAGCAAAUCGAUGCUGUGGACGUCGUCGUGGUCCCAUCUGGUAACGCAGAUUUCCUCACAUACGUCUACACGAAGUUUGCUCCGAGCCUCGGGAAGAAGAUUCUGCAACGUGUGAAGGAAGGCGACCUGAUCUUCCUUGGCCAAGGUGCUGGGUCCAUCUUUGCAGGGAAGAGCAUUGCAGCCACUGCGGCCCCGAAUCCAUCGAUACUGAAGCACCUGCUACAUGGGAAGAUGGACGGCUUACAACUUGUGGACUGCGCCUUGCGCCCUUCCUGGGACGAUGAGAAGAAAUGGUGGGACAUUAGCUUACCUCUCCUGGAGGAUGCGAUGCACACCGACAUCUUAGGCUUGCGAGAUGGAAAUGCAUCUGGGCUCCUUUUUCUGGUACUGAUUCUCCCCCCCCCCCCCCCCCGCCUUCCUCGCUGA